CUCUCUCUUCCUCUCUCUCUCUAGCCCUCCAUUUUCAUAAGGGCUGAGAAGGAGAGGAGUCUGAAUCAUCAUCAACCAGUUUCCUAAUACCAAUCACAAUCCAACAUUAUAUGGAAACGAUCUCUUGAUCAGACAGACUUUCCCAAGUUUCAGGAGUUCAAGGGGAAGAGAGAAAAUGGAGAGUGGAGGGGAGUUGAUCAAAGGGAAUGAGGAGAGGAUUUUGGUGUGUGUGAGAUUGAGGCCGUUGAACGACAAGGAAAUCUCGAACAACGAUGUUUCAGAUUGGGAAUGCGUCAGUAGUGAUACUCUUGUUUACAAGAAUGUCGGCCAUAUCGCUUCAGCCACAUCCACCUAUCCCACAUCCUACACAUUUGAUCGCGUGUUUGGGAGUGAUAGCUCCACGAAAACAGUGUACAAGCAAGGAGCCAAGGAUGCUGCUAUGUCAGUUGUCCAUGGAGUGAAUUCGACUAUUCUCGCGUAUGGUGAGAGGAGCAGUGGGAAGACGUAUACGAUGACUGGGAUUACUGAGUCUGCUGUUGCAGAUAUAUAUGAUUAUAUAGAAAAGGUGCUCUUUUUUAAUGCUAAUAUUUCAGAUUUAGAGGCUAAUGUUUGGUUUGCUUAUCUGAUGAGUGAUGAUUUUCAGAAUCCGGAAAGAGAGUUCGUUGUGAAGUUCACUGCUAUGGAGAUAUAUAAUGAAUGUGUCCGCGACCUGCUUAGUACCGAUAACGCCCCUCUAAAACUCGUAGAUGAUCCAGAGAGAGGAACCGUGAUAGAGAAUCUCACCGAGGAAAUCUUGAGGGACCGAGAUCAUCUCACUGAGCUGAUGUUUAUCUGCCAAGCUCAUGGAGACGCGUCGCCUAAUAAACUGAGCCUCCGAUCUCACCAGAUUAUUAGACUGACGAUUGAAAGCUCUCCACGCAGCAAUUUAGAGUGGGACGGCUCCAGCACUCUUGCAGCCACCGUGAACUUCGUUGAUCUGUUUGGAACACAACGAUCGUCUCAAUCAUCGUCUACUGGAACGAGGUUUAAAAAAGGCAGACACAUUGAUCAAAGCUUGCAGACUCUGGGUGCUGUUAUUACCAGCCUGAGCAAGGGAGGAGAAGAAACCAUACCUUAUAAAAACUCCAAGCUAACUCGAAUCUUGCAAACAUCGCUGGGAGGAAACGCUAGAACUGCCAUCAUAUGCACGAUGAGCCCUGCUCGUAGCCACAUUGAGCAAUCAAGGAACACACUUCACUUUGCGAGCUGUGCAAAGGAGGUACUUACCAAUGCACGUGUCAAUGUAGUCGUCUCCGACAAAGCAUUGGUGAAGCAUCUGCAGAAGGAGCUGGCAAGGCUCGAGGAUGAGAUAAGAGGUAGCCCUUCCAGCGUCUCGCCUCAAAAUUUCUCAGCAUUACUCAGAGAGAAAGAUGAUCAGAUUGAAAAGCUGGAGAAGGAGGUCAAAGAUCUGAUCCUGCAACGAGAUAUUUUCGAGUCGCAAGUUAAAGAUCUGUCGAAAAUGGUUGGAGACACUGCAAGUUCAAUCACACAGCAAUCAGGAGUGGGGAACUACCCUCACUUACGAGUGCAACGUUCACCGGAUGUAUACCACCAAGAGCAAAUCAGUUGUAAAUUGUCAUACUCGGAUGCUGAGGCCUCGGAUAUCUUCAGUCGCAGCAAUUCAGAGUGCCGUCCUGCAAAAGUUGCGUAUGUUAAUUAUAGCAACAGCAAUGCAUCUCCAAGCACCCUACCAAGCGCUUCACGCUAUACCGAGAGUGAACUGUUUUAUGGUUGGCACGAGAUCGACAACCAAACUAGUUCCGAUUUGGAGGACUUGUGCAGGGAGGUGAACUGCCCCGACAAGGAGUAUUGCAGAGGUGCAGAGAAUAAUUCCAAAUUCUCGUAUUUUCAAGUCGACACUCGAUUUCCUGUAGGCAAGGUGCAUGUACCACCCAGAAUAAGGCCCUCCAAAGAAUCAACUUCAGCAACGCCUGCUAAAGAGAGCGAUGAUCAUAGCUCCACCGAGACUCCUGAGAGCACUGUGUCAUCUCUUCCAAAGAAUUCUAUGUCGCAUGAUCAAGCUAGGAUCGGAUUUCUCAAUAGAAGUAUGCAGUUGGUGAGGAGCCUGAGCUGCAACUCUAGUCAUAUCUCCGGAUCGCCUUCUCCAUGGUUCAAGAUCACAGACUACACACCAGAAAAAGAAUGUCAGAGCUGUAAGAGGAAGCUAUGUGAAUUAAACUCUGGUUCCGGCUCGGAGAGAUGCCAAUCUCGCCCCAAAGGCUCGCCUGGUAUGGAGAGCGCCAGACCAGCAAGAGGAGCUUCGAGUGGCGAUAACUGUGCUCCCGACACGAAGAAAAAAGGCAAUGAUCUUCUCACUACUGAAGAAGAAAAGACUAAAAACAAAGAAAAGGUGAAGGAUGUGAAAGAAGAUAAAUUCAGAGGUCUUACAAGUUGGCCAGUAGAAUUCAAGAGGCUUCAGAGAGAAAUAAUUGAACUUUGGCAUGCUUGCAAUGUUGCAUUAGUCCAUAGAACAUACUUCUUCAUGCUCUUUCAAGGCGACCCCACGGAUGCUAUCUAUCUCGAGGUGGAGAUCAGGAGGAUGAAGUUGUUGAAGGACAAAUUCCUUCAAGGGGAGAAGGUUUUUGUCGAUGGACAACGCCUAUCGCUCUCCUCAAGUGCGAAGGCCCUUCGUCGGGAGAGGCGGAUGUUGAGCGACCAGAUGAUGAAGAGGAUGACGGAGAGAGAAAGAGAGAAGCUCUUCACCGAGUGGGGAAUCGAUCUCGACUCCAAAAUGAGAAGGCUGCAGCUGGCUAAUCUGGCUUGGUCCAAGGCAGGAGACAUAAACCACAUCAACAAGAGUGCAAAUCUUGUUGCAAAGCUGGUCGGGUUUCUUGACCCAGGCCAGACUCCGAGCAAAGAGGUGUUCGGGAUGAAUCUAACGCCUAAGUAUUCCACAGGAAUCUGCACUUACAAACGCAGUCUUGGAUCUCUCCUAUGAUGUUCUUCACUACAUACGGCUGCAUUUGUAAUAGUUUAUUGACAUGUAAAAUAAGGGCCCUCUAAAAUUUUGCACACAUUGCUCUUUCUUGUUUUUGCAUUUAACAAACAUUAAAAAUUUUACAUAGAUUUUGCAAUGUUGCUUAACAUUGUCUGCUUGCGGCAGGAAAUAGAAAAAAAUAAUUUAAAUAAACAAUCAAAAUGCAAAUUUUCACACAUCAGAACUUGCAGUCUCAAUCAUGAUUAACUAAUUCAAAAGAUUUUUGCUGAUUCUAGAUAGGCAUAGUGGCAUUCCUCAAUUACUUUGCCUUCUCUUCUUCAGCUUUAGGUUUUUCUGCAUCCGAUGCUGGCUUCUGCUCCUCAACCGAGCAUGUUUGGGGCUCCAAAACAUGUUUGUCUUCUACUUUCUCUGAUGUCUCAGUCUUGGAAUUCUCAGCAGGUUUCUCUUCGAUCACGUUCUCAUCUGUAUCUGCAGCCUUCUCCACCUCAGGUAACUCGGGUUUCUCAAUUGAUACCUCACAUGGCUUCUCUUCUGAAAGCUUCUCUUCAGCAUCUGAGGCUGGUUCCUGCUUCUCAGUUUCUUUUGGUUCCUCGGGUUUCUUCUCUUGUGUUUCAAUAAUCUCAGCUGGACACUUUUCCACACUUCCCUCAGCCUCUGGUGUUUCAGGUGUCUUCUCCGGAGCUUCAACCGUUGUAACCUCUGGUGUUUCAGGUGUCUCCUCCGGUUUCUUCUCAGGUGUUUCCACAAUCUCAGUUGAUUUUUCAUCUGUUUCCUUCUUCUCAGAGUCCAGAGCUGGACACUCAGCCUCUGGUGUUUCAGGUGUCUUCUCUGGAGCUUCAACCGUUGUACUCUCAGCAAGCUUCACUUCCUCUACUUUCGUUUCUUCAUCCGAAGCUGGUUUCUUCUCCUCAGCCUUCUCUGUCUCCAGAGUUUCAGGUGCCUUAUCAGCACAAGGUAUCUCUACUGCCUUGUUUUCCUCAGGUUUUUCUGUCUCAGCAG